AUCGCGGCGGCGGCGGCGCGGCGAGAUAUCGGUGGAGCUCUUGUGAUGAGACACGUCCUAUCAAGUUUCGUAUCACGUGUGUAGAGGGCACUGCGGCUGAGGCGUGGUGCCGACGCUGGGACAGUCGCAUCGAGACAGGCGGUGACUCCCGAGUUCCCGGCUGACGCCCGACGAACGGACGUUCGCCCGCGCGCGCGCGCCGGUGGACGGUGUAGGACAAGUUCAUACAAUCGGGCGGACGACUGCGCAGAGCAAGUGACCUAGGCAGAACAAGCGCACGUUGCAGAACGUCUGAGUUCUUCGUCGCCUCGGCUGGACGCUGCUCAAAACAGGUUUUUUAUACCGGUCCCAGCCGGCGGACUCGCUGCCAUGGCCAGCGUGAUUUUCUCGACGCUCGCGUGGCUGCUCUCACCGCUGUGGUGGCUACUGUCCUGGGUCUUGAGUCCGGUGCCGCUGGCCGCUCUAGCGGUCGCCAUCGUCCUCGGCUACCGCUAUUACACCAAGGACUUCGACUACUGGAAGUCCAAGGGAGUACCAGGCCCGCCCGCCAAGUUCCCUUGGGGGCAUGGCUUCAGUACACGCAGCCAUGGAGGGCGAUUCCCCGUCACUGAGUUCGAAGACUGGUUGUACAACAAGCAUGGAGGCAAGAAAUACUGCGGCUACAUUGAGCUGAAGCGGCCGGUGCUAUACGUUGGCGACCCUGAUCUGAUCCGUGCUAUCACCGUCAAGGACUUCGAUCAUUUCACUGACCGACGGGACCUGGCGGUCUCCAAGGUCAUUGAAAAGAUGUUGAGCAGACUGAAUGGCCAGGAAUGGAAGGAGACGCGAGCGGUUAUGUCGCCAUCGUUUUCCUCUAGCAAGCUGAAGGCCAUGCACCAGCUUUGCCUGGACAACGCGGCCAAACUCAACCAAUUCUUGCGGGAGGAGAUGCAGCGCAAGGGCGAGGUGCAGCUGAAGGACGCCCUCGGCCGCUUCACCAUGGACAACAUCGCCUCAUGCGGCUUCGGCGUGAACUGCAAUUCAUUCGUCGACCCAAACACCGAGUUCGCUACGCAUGCCUCCACGCUGUUCAAGCCUCCCUCCGGGUACGCCAUGUUCCGCCUGAUGGUCAUCAUGCUCUUUCCGAAGUGGAUUGGUGAUUGCCUGCCGGAUCCUGGGAAGGCUGCCACCGAUUUCUUCCAGCGCGUGGUCAACAAAACAGUGGCUCAUCGUGAGCAGCACGGUUCCGAGCAGAGAGAUUUCUUGCAGCUGCUUCUGGAGACCAAGAACAAGGACGGGCAGCGCGCCCUGAGCGACUCAAGCAUCGUCGCGCAAUCGGUGCUGUUCUUCCUCGCCGGCUACGACACGACGGCUUCGCUGUUGACUUUCGCCGGCUACGCGCUAGCCACCAGCCCCGACAUCCAGGGCGCUGUUCAGCGUGAGAUCGACGAGGUGCUGGCGAAGCACGACGGCAGGUUGACCUACGACGCCGUCUCGGAGAUGACUUACCUGGACCGAGUGCUGGCCGAGACACUGCGCCUGUACCCGACUGCCAGCCGUUUGGAACGGCGCUGCUCCAAGGACUACAUUCUGCCCGGCACAGACGUGCUCGUCAAGCGCGGCAUGAUCGUCGGUAUGCCGGUCUUCACUUUGCACCGCGAUCCUGACCACUACCCGGACCCGCUGCGCUUCGACCCGGACCGUUUCUUGCCCGAGGAGAAGGCAAAGCGCCACCCGUGCGCCUACAUACCGUUCGGCAGCGGGCCGCGCAACUGCAUCGCCAUGCGGUUCGCGCUGUUUGAGGCGAAGGUGGCGAUGAUCGCCGUGCUGCGGGAGAACAGCCUGAAGCCGGGGUCGAGCACACCGCCGCCGCCCUUGCCGCACGACCCCUACGCCUUCGUGCUAAGGCCCAAGGAUCCCUUGUUCCUGAAGGUGGUGCCCCGCAGUGGUGACGAAGCUUAAUGGCGGCGGAUACCAUGACUUCAAUGUGUUGGAAAAGGAGCGUUUUGCAAGAAUUGGGUUUAUUUGCACGCCCCGCAUAAGGGAUCAUUUCAACUACACACACACACACACACACGCACACACGCACGCACGCACGCACGCACGCACGCAC